UAGUGGUACAUCUGAAGAUGUUCACUGAAAUCUAUUUAGUAUUGAAAUUUAGUUGAACGUAAUUAGUGUCGACCUUUUCUUCUGCUAUAUGAAGUAGUUUAAGAUGACGUCAAGACUAUAUAAAAUUGGCAUAACAACCCUAAGCGCUGUGGUAGGAGGUGCGUUAGCCACAUGGACGUUUGAACACAGAAAUUCUGCAUAUCAGGUCAAUAACGCUAUGGUAAGACCGCCUAAAAGAAAACGUACACUUCCCGCUCGUGCAGAGCAAAUAAAAUCCCUACAAAGUGGAGAUGAAUAUGAUAUUCUAAUUAUUGGAGGUGGUGCUACAGGUGCUGGGUGUGCUUUAGAUGCCGUAACAAGAGGGCUUAAAACAGCCAUGGUGGAGGCUGAUGACUUCGCUAGUGGAACGUCAUCCCGAUCUACUAAGCUUAUACAUGGAGGUGUUCGAUAUCUACAGAAGGCUAUACUUGGUCUGGAUUUUGAACAAUAUCGUAUGGUAAAAGAAGCUCUACAAGAACGUGCUGCCAUGCUUGAAGCAGCGCCUCAUUUAGCACAUCCAUUGCCUAUUAUGUUGCCAGUCUAUCAGUGGUGGCAAGUUCCUUACUACUGGGUUGGAAUUAAAUGUUACGAUCUUGUAGCCGGUGAUAGAAAUGUUAAAAGUUCUUACUAUUUAUCGAAAAAGGAUGCUUUAGAGCUAUUUCCAAUGUUGAAAAAAGAUAAGCUAUGUGGAGCUAUUGUUUAUUAUGAUGGCCAGCAAGAUGAUGCUAGAAUGUGUUUGGCUGUAUCAUUAACAGCUGCAAGACACGGAGCUACUGUGUGCAAUCACGUUGAAGUGAUGGAGCUUUUGAAGAAAGAUGAUGGUACUGGAAAAAAAGUUUUGUGUGGUGCAAAAGUGAAAGAUCAUAUAUCUGGCAAAGAGUUUACAGUUAAAGCAAAGUGCAUUGUGAAUGCAACUGGGCCUUUUACUGAUGCUAUACGUAAAAUGGAUGACCCGGAUGUCAAAAUUAUUUGUUCUCCAAGUUCUGGAGUACAUAUCGUGCUCCCUGGCUAUUAUAGUCCAGAUCAAAUGGGUUUGCUGGAUCCUUCUACAUCCGAUGGUCGAGUAAUUUUCUUUUUGCCAUGGCAAAGGCAAACAAUUGCAGGUACAACGGAUUUGCCCUGCGAGAUAACGCAUAAUCCCAAACCAACUGAAGAUGAAAUUCAAUUUAUUCUAAGUGAAAUUAAAAAUUACUUAAAUGCUGAUGUUGAAGUUCGACGUGGUGAUGUUUUAUCAGCAUGGAGUGGUAUUAGACCCUUAGUAUCGGAUCCUAAUAAGGAUGAUACACAAUCAUUAGCUAGAAAUCAUAUUGUUCAUGUAAGCAAAUCAAAUCUUGUUACAAUUGCUGGGGGCAAAUGGACUACUUAUAGAGCUAUGGCAGAGCAUACAAUAGAUGCUGCUAUUAAAGCGUGUAAUCUAAAACCAGAAAGAUCAGAUGCUGUAACUUCACUUUUAAAAAUAGAAGGUGGUCAAGGAUGGACUCCCACAAUGUAUAUUCGCUUAGUGCAAGAUUUUGGUUUAGAAUGUGAGGUUGCUCAACAUUUAGCUAAAUCUUACGGAGAUCGGGCCUUUGCAGUUUCAAAAAUGGCUUCACUUACUGGUAAACGUUGGCCAAUUAUUGGUAAUAGAAUACAUCCAGAAUUUCCUUAUAUUGAUGCUGAAAUUCGUUAUGGCGUUCGCGAAUAUGCUUGUAAUGCGGUUGAUAUGAUUGCUAGACGUUUACGUUUGGCCUUUUUAAACGUACAAGCUGCUUCUGAAGCACUACCUGUUAUUGUUGAUAUAAUGGGUGAAGAAUUGAAGUGGAGCAAGGACGAAAAAGAGAAACAAAUUAAAGUAGCACAGGAAUUUUUGGCAAAUGAAAUGGGUCAAAUGGUUAAUAGAGCAUCGAAAGAGAGAAUUCCCAUCAAAUUAUCGCAAGAAGAAAUACAAACGUAUAUUAAACGCUUCCAACUUAUCGAUAAGGAUAAGAAAGGAUAUGUUUCCAUUAAUGAUAUUCGUAGAGCAUUGAAGAAUUUUGGCGAUGGCGAUGUAUCUGGGGAGCAAUUGCAUGAAAUUUUGAGGGAAAUCGACACAAACAUGAAUGGACAAGUCGAAUUAGACGAAUACUUACAAAUGAUGUCGGCUAUAAAAACUGGAGAUGUUGCAUAUUCUCGUUUUGCCCGUAUGGCUGAACUCGAAGAACAAAAACAUGAGGCUGCUCAAUUAAAACAAAAAAUAAGCGUUGAUCGAUCAGGCGGAGGCUUAUAAAUAUGUAAUGCCUUCAAAAAAACGAAUUAACAAUUUAUUACCAAAACUAAAAACUAAAGUUAAAAUGACAUAACACUUUUUUUCUGCUGUUUAAAUUUUUACAUAAAUAAACGUUUAAGAGUGGCUAAUUAAA